AAUAUUAUUGAAGAGUAAACAUCACUAAGGUGUAGUUUGCAUAAAACGUCUAGGAUCUAUUUUUUCGGUCAUCUUUUUAAAAAAAUUCGAAUCCAAAUUGCUCAACAACCUAGGAACACAAUCUGAAUACCAAAAGAAAAAAUGACGAUUCUAGCAAAAUUAACAGGUGAAAAAAAGGAUUUGGAGAAGGUUCCGCUUCCAUUACAUCUCAACGAUGAAGCUAUCAUGCAUCAUGGCUCACUGAUCAGUCCAAAAGGAGGGUAUAGCGAUGCCGAUACUGAAUCGAUGGUUUUCAACCGGCCGCAAUAUAAUUGUCUAAAAUCGUUUCUUUUGUUCCUGAUCGCCAUUAUCGUAAUGCUAAUGGGCGUGCUGGGAGGCUGGACCCUUUAUCGGAUAUAUGCCCCAAAUCAUUCCAGCAUGCGCUACCACGCACUCUGCGACAUACCCUAUAAGGAAGACUCGAUUGAAUUGCCUCGUUUCUAUGCACGCAACGACGACGCCUUCGCCUUGAACUGGCGCUCCCUGUUGCCUCAAUUAUCCGGGUCACCCAGUGCGAGCAACAGCAUGGGCGGUCAGUUCGAUGAGUUAGUUAACGAUAACUUCUUUCGCGAGGAAAUCGAACUUGAUAGCAGUGAUGACGAUGCGUUUGCCAAAAUCGAUGUGCCGGACUUUAAGGAUGGCCGCCGUGGGCGAUUCAUGCAUGACUUCAAGGAAAACCAGUCAGCCAUUAUUGACACCACCACCAAUCGUUGCUUCAUCAUGCCACUGGACCGGGACACCACUCUCCCGCCCAGCAACUUUUUAGAUCUGAUGCAGAAAAUGGGAUCCGGUUACUAUAACAUCGAUACGGAUCGCGUCCGUCGUAAUAUGCGCGUAAUUACACCACGUAUCACCGACCUCUCUCUCAUCUCGGAGCGCAUAGCCAAUGAAUGCUACGACAUGAAGGUCUACAUGAUGGAGAAAUUCGUAUCUGGGGUGGCCAAGCGCUCAGCUGAUCCUCUGCCAGAUGCCGGCAAGUAUGCAGCUUUCAUGGGAAAGGGCGUGGUUGAGUAUGAUCUGGCAAAUAUAGCCGAGGUUGAGGCCUACGAGGCGAACGAAGCUCUGCAGCAUUAAGUGGCCGAGACUACAGUUGGUCGCAUGCUCCAAAUGUUUUAAAUUAUUAACAUAGAAAAAACUAAAAGCAAAAAAAAAAACGAAUGGACAACAACAAAAACAAAGACAAACAAAAUAGUAUUGAUUUCUGUAAGUGUGUGUGCGUGUGUAAAACAAAAUGAUCUGUAGGCGAAUGCCUCAACUCUUAGUCUGUAGUUCGAUUUUAAGAUGGGCGCGUGCCGAAUUUUCGAUUUAGAGACGACUUCGGUUUAAAAACACGUAAAUAUCAACAUGACUUCUGCAGUUUUAUCAUAU